AUGCAAACACAGCAACAGACAACACAGCAGCAGACUAUAAAAAAGAUACCAAAUCCAUGCCAGCAGCAGCGAGACGUGUGCCAGGUACAUGCUCCCAGAGUCGGAGGAGGACGGGAGGCGGAGCAGGCAUCCCCGCCGGAAAGGACGAGGAGGAUGAUGAAGAGCGGGUCCCGGCGGCGGCGCCACGAGGGGCGCCACCGAGGGCGGCAACGGGAACAGGUGCAAGAACGGCCAGGAGGGCGCUGUUCCGAUUGCUUAGGCACUGUGGUUGUGAAUCUACCAGACACGAUGCUGCUGUUCAACUACUUGACGCAGGCGACGGCGGCGCGUCGUGAAAGCGUUCCUAGACUUCAUGGAUUCUAUCUGAUAGCUAACCAGCUGUACCGCACUCGCGCUGACGCCGCCGACGUCGAUGCUGCCUUGAGUUCCUGUUUGGCAAGACUUCGUUACGAAGCGGUGAGUGUGAGAACGUGUCAAGCGGAAGAACGGUAUAACAUCACGUACCUGUCCUCAGCCACAUCUGAUGAUUUUCUCGUUAACCUACACAGGGUUGCUAUGAUGGAACUGAGUGAGUUGUCUGACGAAUCGCACGUCUGUUACCUCAUGCAGAAGGACCUGGCCAGGCUGUGGGUGGGGCUGCUCCACCCCUCCCAUCCCCUCGGUCUGCAGGAGUUCAUACUGCGAUCAAUCAUCAGUGAGCCGCGAUGCAAGGACAUACUGGACCUGCUGAUUCUACAUAACCCGCUGUAUGAAGAAGUGGUCGUGGCCUGUCUCUGGAGAAUAACUCACAACCCUGUGGCUAAGUCGCAGCCUACAGCAGGUGUUAGCCUGGGGUCCGCUAGCGUGGGAGAGCUUGGGGCCACCACACCCCUCACGCGCGCUGAUGUGGGGUUUAAGCUGCUAGACGUUGAAACCAGCAUGCUAGGUGUCUCCCACACACACGGCAAGGUAAUGGAGGCAGUGACUGAGAAGAUGAGUAAGGAUACUGGCAUUCUCCUGCACGUGCUGUCUGAGCGUGAUCCAGUACUGAUGCUGGGCGGACUCAACUACGACACGAUCGACGAUUCUCUCACCAGGUGGCGUGAGUUUCUAAUGAAGAAAAAGGCGCAGUGGAGUAAGGAGAACGAGCCAGCUGAGAAGAGGGCAGUCUGGUUUGAUGAAAAGUGUUAUCCCAAGUGUUGGAAGCUUGAUCCGUCAGAGGGCGCCUGCAGGGAGCGUAUACGCACUCAGUAUGCAUAUGUUGGCAUUGCUAGCAAGUACUUCAUGGACCAAUACAAGCACAGACUUGAUGCAGAGCACCACGGUCCACCUCUGGGCUACCUCACAGACUCCAGGACCACGUUGCAUCAUUCCAAAGCCAUACUGCACACACUGCACACGAACGAGAAAAUCAGCUUUCACUGUAAGUGCUACAGCGUCUCACCAUUUGCUGAGACAGCGGGUGAGUUGCUGGUAGGAGAACUACAUCUGCAUUUUGUCAUUGAUGAGAUCCGACCUGAAUCAGCAACCCUCGUACAGGACUACAUGCCUAUGCUGGGCAUGCCUCACAUCUCCUCACAGUUUGAGGACUUGAUGGAAGUUCACAAACGUCGCUACCAACUCAAGGACAACGCCCUCGAACUGUUCCUCUGCAACGGCAACACCUUCCUCCUGGCGUUCGAAAGCACCAAGGACAGGGAUAAAGUCUACCAGGAGUUGCUAGGCAGACAUCUCCCCAACCUCGCCGACACCGACCGACUGUCCAGCGUCCAGCAGCAGUGGAUGGACGGUGCGAUCACAAACUUCGAGUAUCUCACUCAGCUCAACAAGAUGGCGGGAAGGUCGUUCAAUGACCUAAUGCAGUAUCCGGUGUUCCCCUUCAUACUGGCACAGUACAAUUGGGAAUACCUGGAUCUGGAAGACCCUGCACACUUCAGGUCUGACUUGGGAGUGGCGGCAGGAACGGUGAGCGCGUGCACCAGCGUUCAGCUGCCUCCCUUGGUGCCAACGGCGGACCCGCGCAUCUCAUCCUCAUGUCCACCGCAGGCGCUCGAGUCGGAAUCACGUGUCGGCGCAUAUCUGAUCACUGAUCGACCUGUGUUCGGCUCGAAGCAGACUGCAACGCUGGCCGUGCAGGCUCUAAUGUGUUCCAUCCCUGCUGUAAGACGUACUUUGGAGCCUGAAAGUCGAUGCCAUCGCGGAUUUGACGGAAAGAAUAGCAACAGAAACUGA